AUGUAUUUUCCGAUAGGCUGGCCAAAAGUUUUGGCUUCAGCUCACGCUGCUGGCACCCUUGUCCAGGUGAUUUGCAACAGAGACAAAAUUCUAUUCGCUAUAUUGUCUAUUGAGCGAUUGGAAAUUUGGUUUUGCAAGCCAUGUGUGAAAAUCACUUCAUACACAAGAUCUCCACAGAGUCUUGAUGAAAUUGGUUUUAAUCGACGUGUAGAAUGGAGGCCAGAUUCCAGUAUGUUGGUCAUAGUGACUACUAAAGGUUAUUUAAUAUUUUACAAUUUGAGUAUUAUUGGUGAUCCUGGAAGCUUGUAUCACUUAGAAGAUUCCCAUAUAUCUAGUCUAAAAAGAGAAAAUGAUGAGCUAUUUGUGAAAGAGACCAUACCAUCUUUACAUAUUAAACAAGAUAAAAUAGUUUGUGUUGAUGGUAGUGUUGAAUGUAUGGCUUGUAUUCGCGAUGAAUUAAUGGUGUCUACAUGUAAAGGACAUGUAUUGCGAUAUCACUGGAAUAGUUCCAUCAAUCGAGAUUAUUGUUUAGAUCUUCGUAGAACACCAUUUUCAAUUGAUCUACAUGUUUCUAAUGCUGUACCACUAACUAGCAAAGAUACUUUUAUUAUUGAUAUGGAAUACUCACCAUUAGUUGGAGGUUUUGGAAUUAUUUUGAAUGAUGGUCGUGCAGCAUUACUUACAGCAUCAUCUUUAAAGUUUGAUCCUAAUCAAGUACAAGGUAUUUGGGCUCCUAAUAUUGAUACUGCUACUUGUACAAGUUUGAACCACAAGUAUAGAUUGAUUGCGUACGGACUAAAAAAUUCCCAAGGUAUUGUAUUUGGUCUUGAUGAACGCACCGGUGGCUUACAAUUAUCUCAUAAACUUAUGAUUCCCAGCCAAGUAUGGCCAGGCGGAGGAUUAGGUUCUGUGAGGUGUACUCGAUGGACGCCUGAUGGCUGUGCCUUAGUAAUGGCGUGGGAGAAUGGUGGCUUCGCUGUAUGGAGUACUUUUGGAGCUUUAUUAGUUUGCUCAUUGGCAUGGAACUUUAGUGUAAACAUCGAUUUAAGCUCUAGAAAUCCUCUCAAUAUUAUUUCCAUGGAAUGGUCUAUAGAAGGCUACCAACUAUGGAUGAUUAAUGGAGCCUCAAAAGAUACACAUGAUGAUACAGUAUUACAAAUGUCAUUUUUAAAAAGUGCUCUAGCUGUCAAUCCAACUAUGAGCCAUCGUCCGCAUUUGUAUCUCCAAGGUGAAGAUAAAUUAUAUUUGAAUGUAACAUCUGGUCUUACCAAAGUGUAUAAAAUGACUCAAUCCAAUAACAAGACUAAAGACCAAUUAACUAUCACCAGUGCUUUAGUUGAAAAUAAACAAUGGAUCAUUGUUUAUGCACCUUCUCCAUAUUUAGGAACAAAUUGGCCAAUUAGAACGUCUUGUAUUGAUGAUGAUGGCAAACAUAUAGUAAUUGCUGGGCGUUGUGGUCUUGCUCAUUAUUCUUUAAUUACCCACCGCUGGAAACUAUUUGGCAAUGAAAUACAAGAAAAAGAUAUGAUAGUAACUGGUGGAGUUUUAUGGUGGCGAUGCUAUAUCAUAUGUGGAUGUUACAGUGUGCCUGUUGAUGAACAUCAAGUGCGGAUAUAUAAUGGAGAUUCUAGAUUAUCUAAUGAUCAUAUGAUUUCGUACCAAUUAACUGGACAAGCUUUAUUACUUGAUUGUUUGGGAAGCCGAUUAGCAGUAUUUUGUUCUGAUGGGAUUGUCAAUUUAUUUAAUAUUGAAAUAUCACCUAAUCACAAUAUGGCAAUAUUAGACAGAGUACAAACUAUUGAUAUGUCAGCUUUAUGUAUACAUCCUACUUGUGUGGUUUCUGUUCUACUUACAACUCUUCGCAUUGAACCAAAAAUUAAAGGUUCUACUGUUAGAGAUAAUUUUUUACUUAAUAUUAAUGGAAAUUUGUUGUUAGUAAACCAGCAAAGUUGUGAUGAUCAGUCACAAGUUAUUCCAUCUCCUAUUUUAUUGGCGUCUUGUGUAGAGAAUGCUUGGGUUUCAAGCCAAUACCGCCGUGAUAAGCCUCAUCUGACUGAAGCGCUUUGGUUAUUUUGUGGUGCUCAUGGAAUGAGAGUUUGGCUACCAUUAUUUCCAAAAAAUGGGGAUAAGUCACAUACUUUUAUGUCGAAAAGAAUUAUGUUGCCAUUUCAACUUAAAAUUUAUCCAUUAGCUAUACUUUUUGAAGAUGCUAUAUUAUUGGGUGCAGAAAAUGAUACAUUAUUAUACACAUCUGAUACCACUAGUGUUUUUUCAUUGCCAUUUUGUCAAGUAGAAAGAACGAGCCAAGUUUAUUUACAUCAAAUAUUAAGACAAUUGAUACGGCGUAACUUAGGUUUCCAUGCUUGGGAAGUAGCUAGGUGCUGUACAAAUUUACCAUAUUUUUCUCAUUCUCUAGAAUUAUUGUUACAUGAAGUUUUAGAAGAAGAAGCUACUAGCAAGGAACCAAUACCAGAUGCUCAAUUACCUAGUGUUAUAGAAUUUAUACAAGAAUUUCCAAAUCUUUAUUUAGAAACUGUUGUUCAGUGUGCUCGUAAAACUGAAAUUGCAUUAUGGCCUUAUUUAUUUUCUGCUGCUGGUAAACCUAAAGAUCUAUUUCAAGAAUGUCUAAAACGACAAAAUUUAAAUACUGCUGCUUCAUAUCUUAUAAUACUCCAGAAUUUAGAAUCAUCUUCGGUCAGUUGUAAAUAUGCUACUUUGUUAUUGGAUUCAGCAUUAGAUAGUUGCCAAUGGGAUUUAUCUAAAGACCUUGUAAGAUUUUUGAAAGCAAUUGAUCCAAAUGAUGCAGAUUCUCCAAGAACAUCAUGCAUUUUUCCGGCAAAAUAUAGUAUGAUAGGACAAGCAAGUACAGUGAACCCAAACGAGGAAGACUUAUCAUUUUUAAUGGGAAACAUUCAGGUAAGAGGAAGAAGUAUUAGUACCAGUACUACACCUAAAAUAGAUAUGAGUUCUACUUUUGUAAGAACUGAUAGUAGAACAGAGCAAAAUAGUUCACAAAGAAAAAGGUCUGUACUUUCAAAUGGAAAAUCAGAAAAUGGAAAGGAUACAGCUACUUGUAAUUCCAUUCUUGAAGAAUUCUUCACUGACACAAUUCUUCAAAAACAUGCUGCUAAAUUAUUAUCUAACUACAAGCUAAGAGCACUUGGAUAUUUUGCUGCUCGAUUAGACUUUCAUUUAGUUGAAUGGUUAGCAAAAGAACGGAAUGGAGCAGCUCGAAUUGAUAACUAUAUAGUGGCUUUGCGAAGUCUUUAUACUGAUUUUUCUAUAUCAAGACCACUAACUCCUAUUCAGAAACGUUCUCCACCUCCAUCGGGUAUGUUGUUUAAUAUUGAUAAACCUAAAUGGGUAGAUGGUGGUAGUGCUGUUGGAGAUAGUGGUUAUAUGAGUUGUCAAGAUGUUCCUCAAGUUUCUUCACAAUAUCCACAAGAUGGAUUCCUUACAGGGAUUGAUGAAGCUAGUACUAUUAGUGAAUCUGAAGAUGCUCUGUUAUGGAAUGAAGAAAGAACACAGGCUAAUAUUGAUAACUGGAAUAUUAUUCCUAAUGCACAUAUGUUAGAACAACUUUCCAGUGAACAUUUAUCACAAGACACUUCAAAAGCUGAAGUUCAACUUAGAUAUUUGUUGCAAUUAUUAUUUGAAGCUGGCUGUUUGGAGUGGAGUUUUAUUGUAUCAGUAUUUCUUCGUGAUGCUUUAGCUGUACAGAGACUUAUAUCUAUCGCCAGGUCACCGGAACAUAGUUAUGAUUCUGUAUCUAGGUUGAAACAAGCAUUUAUUUUACUGUACCAAUGGAGUUGCAAUGAAUGCUUUGGUUAUCGACCUUUCAUGUCUACGUGUCAAGCACAAUUAGGUGUAUUAAAUCGAAUCAUAACAUCUAAACAGCCAGCACCUACUGUUACUCCACAAGCAUCUUCUUCUUCACUGACCAGCGUUCUGACACAAUCAUCUAGAUCACGAUCAGCAAGUGAAGGUACUGGUGGUAGUCAUACCACAUCAGAAAUGACUGAUCAUAGUAUACAAACAGAUUGUCAUCCAGUUAUUGCACUAGAUUCUAGUUGUGAUGAAAUACAAGACAAUACAACUAAUUUUGAUACAGCAUCUGUAGUAAGCUUGCAAUCACCUACUAGCUGUUUACUUUCUUGAGCAUUUUGGCUGGACGUAAAGCUGACAAAUAUUUUUUUAAAUAAUUUUGAGUUUUUUACCAAGUAAAACUUAAUUGUUUAUUUAAAUUAAUUUAUAAGCUAAGAUAAAAAAUGAUUAUUUGAAUAUUAAAACUGUAGGUAGCAUACAAACKAGUACGCAUUGCAAAAACAUUCAGUGCUUUACUAUUUAUUUAAAUAUUAAGUUUAAUAACAAAUCAUGAAUUUCAGUAAUACCAUCGUAAUUAUAAAUACAGCAUUCCAUAAUUAACAUUUUUGAAUUAUGUAUUUAAAAUUAAAUUAUAUUAUUUAAA